AGCGCUUGGCUCAAAGUCAAUUGCGCCCAUGAGAGGGAACCACCAAGUUCAGGCUUCAGCAUCAGGCCGUGCAGACUAUAGGAUGAGGUGAUGUUUGGCCCAGGCGCCAAAUUCCCACCCUUCCCAGGGGCCAUUGCUCCUGGCUUUGCGCCUGUCCUACCCAUCAUCCGCCCAGCCGGCUGCGGCCCCUGCGCCACCAAUGGGCUGCCACCGAGCGGAUUGGGUCCGGGCCCCCGCCCUGUGGGUCUUGUGAGUCCCAUGGGUCCUGGACAUGGCGGACCAGGCCCAGGACCUGGAGGCCCAGGCCCAGGACCUGGAGGCUCAGGCCCAGGACCUGGAGGCCCAGGCCCAGGACCUGGAGGCUCAGGUCCAGGACCUGCUGUCCCAGCAGGUCCGGGCGUGGCGUCCGGAGGCAACAAACCCCAGGAUGUAUUGCUGCUGAUACGACAAGGCGUGGCCAAGCAGGAUCGCACAGCAGUGAAGAAUGCCUUGCAGUUGGCUCACCAGCUUGGAACCCCCAUCGAGCCACCCAUUUUGGAGAUGCUGAAGAAAUGGUUGGGGGAAGAGGCCUUCAACGCAGCCACUGGGAAGGCCAGCGCGCCACCGGCCGAUGCUGCGAACGCUAAGCAGCGAGAUUUGGCAAGUCCGCCUCGAGCAUCUCAACCACCUUUGGUUUUGAUCCGUGAAGGUGUCGCCGCGCAGAACAAGGAGGCGGUGCUCUCCGCCUUGAGGACGGCGGUGGAGCAGGACACGCAGAUCGACGUACCGGUGCUGGAGAUGCUGAGGAAGUGGCUGGGAGAGGACGAUGAGGCCCUUCAGACGUUGGCCAAGCGUCGUGGCAUUCUCCUGGGGCCCAAGAAUGAAGCCAUCGCAGCGUCCACCGUCAAGGCCUCUGCGCCUGCUCCGCCGGACAACGUCGAGGCAGCGACGGCGGCACCCGUGCCACCAGGAUUGCAGGAGGCGAAGGCCAAGGCGCCACCCGCCACACCGGCACCCACCCCAGCGACCACGGCAGCACCGGCAGUACUGGCAGCACCGGUGCCUGCGAAGCCCGCAGCGCCCGUGAAGCCCGCAGCGCCCGUGAAGCCCGCAGCGCCCGUGAAGCCCGCGGCGCCCGUGAAGCCCGCGGCGCCGGCGCAGCCCGUGAUUCGCAAAGGCCCGGUCUUGAAGACGACCGCAGCUGAGCCACCACCACCUGACCUUGACGCGUCGUUUGAUGCCUUUCUUCAGGAGUUGGAUACAGCUCAAGUGGAGGAGCCCGAGCCUAAGCGGCAGAAGGUGGAGACCAAAGAGGCGGAGCUUGAGUCGAAGGCAAAGGAGGAAUCAUCCAAGACUGAGGCAUCCCCCACCUCGCCGCGGCCCACGCCAGCCGCUGCGAAGCCGCGGCCGGCGUUGCGGAGGCCGCCCGAGCCAGCACGGCCAACAAAGGAUGAAUGGGGCCGCGAAGUGGCUCCGGAAGGCAGCGACCAAGAGAAGGAAGCAUGGCAGUACCUGCAGGAAGCAAGGGCUGCUGCGAAAGCGAGUGUCUGGGGCGCUGGGAACUUCAUCGACUUCAACAGCUUCAAAUGACCAAGUUGACCAAGGCCGGUCCGGAUGUUGUCGCUGGGCGAAGCAUGGCGAAGUGAGUCGACGACAUGACACCGUUAAGCGACGUUUCAAGCCGAAGGGUUUCAUGACAAG